AUGGUAGAAGAAUCGAAGCAUAACAGAAAUCCAUGGAUGAACACAGCAGAUCAACCAUCUAGAAUGGUUGAUAUUGAUAAAAGUGUCACAUUGAUGUCUGAAUCAAUGGUGAUCAUGGAUGGAGUUGAAGCUGCUCAUCCUAAGCAGGUUCAGUCUCACAAUUUGAACACCGCCUCUGAUGGAAAAUUGGGCUUGCCUGAGCGUGCCUUUUCAGCUGCUGGUGCUGCAUUUCUCUCAGCCAUUCUCGUUAAUCCACUUGAUGUUGUCAAGACGAGGUUGCAAGCACAGGCUGCUGGAGUUGCUUACUCUCAUCCAUUGAGUAAUCUUACAAGUCGCAUGGCCUUUUUCGGACCGAAUAUGAUGUUUGCAGAUCUAAGAUGUUCUCCAUCAUGCACCCGUGCUGGCGUUCAUGGUACUGUAUCAAUUUGCCCUCCUGAUUGUUUCCAGUACAAAGGAACGUUGGAUGUCUUCUAUAAAAUUAUUCGACAGGAAGGUAUUUCUAGGCUGUGGAGAGGCACAAAUGCUGGAUUAGCUCUUGCUGUACCCACUGUGGGCAUCUACUUGCCGUGCUAUGACAUUUUCCGCAACCAGUUAGAGGAAUUCACUGCACAAAAUGCUCCAAGCUUGACACCAUACACUCCAUUGAUGGCAGGCUCAUUGGCUCGAUCUUUAGCUUGCACCAGUUGCUACCCCGUUGAACUUGCCAAAACACGUAUGCAGGCAUUCAAGGAUUGUGGCAAGAAGCCUCCUGGAGUAUGGAAGACUUUAAUUGAGGUGAUCUACCAGGUCAAGAGCACGACUAGCUUCACUAACAGCUUGCAAAAUUACCGUGUCUUGUGGACUGGCCUUGGGGCACAGCUUGCUCGUGAUGUUCCUUUCUCUGCAAUUUGUUGGUCAACUCUUGAGCCAGUAAGGAGGAAGCUUCUGGGUCACGUGGGAGAUGAAGCUAAUGCAGCUAGUGUACUUGGGGCAAAUUUCUCUGCUGGUUUUGUUGCUGGGAGCCUUGCUGCUGCUGCUACAUGUCCGCUUGACGUUGCAAAGACUCGAAGGCAAAUUGAGGUUUUCCCUUGA